AUGUUGUAUUUUGGAAGCAGCAGGCAGCUGCUUAGAGUCUCUCAAAGCAUACGAUUCCAGUCCUCGCACGCAACUGCAAAGGGCCUGGCACAUGCAAGUGUUCCCCCGCUAUUCACACUAGCAACGCUAAGAUCCUUCCCCUCGCUAGAGCCUCUCACGUUUGUUCCGGUCCCAGCUUCGGUGUUCGAUGCUUCCCUAAGAAGAGAUCUGCUGUGGAAGGCCGUGGUCUACGAAAACGACAACAAGAGAGUUGGAUCGUCCAAUCCACCCAGCAGAAGUGAAAAUGGAUACUCUAGACGGAAGCUUCUGCCCCAAAAGGGUUCCGGUAAGGCCAGAGCUGGUGAUGCCAACUCCCCCACCAGACACAACGGUUCCAGAGCCUUGGCACGGUCUGCACCUAACGACUAUACCACGAAACUGCCGCAAAAGGUGUACUCUCAGGCGCUUUUGAACGCGUUGAGUUAUCAGUACCGACGCGGCAAUAUCCACGUGAUCGGAGCGGCCAACGCGCUGUGCGAGACCGCAGAGCAUGAUCUGAACGAACUGGAGGUGAUCCCCACGUCGCUAAAGCAGGACGACGGGGAGCUUGUGUUUGAAAAGUUUCUCCAAACGCACGGAAUGGCGGGCGAAAACCUGCUGUUCAUCGUCGGUGCGCCCAGACCGGGCCUUUUCCGGUACACUGACCCAGUGAAAGACGACGUCAACAUAGUUCAGAAGGAGUUCGUCGACGUGAACGAUAUUCUCAAGGCACGUCGCGUUUUUGUGGAGCUGGAAGCGCUAGAAUAUCUGGCCGUCACUCACACCGUAUAA